GCAUGGAGGAAUAUGAAGAAGUCAAAUCUUAUAAAAAGAAAUCAAAAUUUACCAGAAAAAAUAGAGAAACAAAACUACUCUUAGUGUUUGAUGAGAAACGAAGAAGGGAAUAUUUAACUGGGUUCAGAAGAAGAAAGAAGGAAAGACAGAAUUAUUAUAAAGAAAAAUUAGAAAAUAAGAUAAGAAAUGAAAGACAUGAGUUUAAGAAAGAGACCAAAGAAUUUUUAUCUAAAGCUCAUCUGGAACCAGAUACUAAACCAGAAGUAGAAGAACUAAUAGAACCUACAGUAGUUGAUUUACCAGAGCAUACAGUAACUAUAACAGAUAUAGCAGAAAUUGAUUUCUCAGGAGGUUGUGGACUGAGAUUGGGUAAAAAUUCUACAAAUGAUGAUGCUGAUGAUUGGUUAUGUAACAAUAAACUUCAAGGUCAAGAUGUUAAAGAGUUAACAAAACAUAAAACGGCAAUGAAAAAAAGAAUGGAACAUAUAAAGAUUUUAGAAGAGAAGCACAAAAUGAUAACAAAUAAGAUUGAAUGUAAAGUUAAAAACAAGAAAAAAAGAGGACACAAAAGUAAAUCUAAGAAUAAAAAAAAAGGAAAAAAGAAGUAAGGGUGGGUGGAGAUUUCUAUGUAAAUAAUUCUUGUUAAUAAAUGAUUUUGCUCCUUC